UGCGCCGGCAGCGGCGGCGGGGGGAGGAGCCGGAGCGGUUCCCGCGGGCUGUCCCCUCACGGAGCCGGCGGGAGGCUGCGGGCAGCGGGGCCCCGCUCCGGGCCCGCCGUGCCCCAGGUUUGCAACAAUGGUAGAGGAAGAUGUAAAUCACUGUGAAGAUUCUGAACCAUCAGUAUGUGGGAGAAAUGGCAUGAUUCCUAUGCAUGAGCAAAGUGAGCAGGGACCAGCAGCAGAUGCCAAAGGUACUGAUGGGAAUGUACAAACAGAAGAAACUGCUCUCUUGAACCAUUGCACUCAGCAACUUCCAGAACCAACAGCAGGGUCUUCAGUACCUGCAAGAACAUGGAGGCAAAUAUUUGCUUGUCCUCCUCAGGGUUUAAUGGCCCAAGCAGUGACAAAUGUUGCAUUUGUGGUCCUGGUUUGGGCUGUGGUUUGGUCCAUAACUGGGGCUGAGUGUCUCCCAGGUGGAAAUCUCUUUGGAAUUCUGUUUCUUUAUUUCUGUGCUGUCAUCGGAGGUAAAAUUUUUGGAUUCAUUAAAAUACGAACACUACCCCCUCUCCCUGCUCUUCUGGGGAUGCUACUUGCUGGUUUCCUAAUCCGAAAUACCCCAUUCAUCAGUGACUUUGUCCAGAUAAAUCUACGCUGGUCUGCAGCACUGAGGAAUAUUGCUCUUUCCAUUAUCUUGACCCGAGCAGGACUUGGCCUGGAUCCAAAGGCUCUUAAGAAGCUCAAAGCUGUCUGUUUACGGCUUGCUUUCGGACCGUGCCUCUCAGAAACAGGCACAGCUGCUGUCCUUGCCUACUUGCUCCUGCAUUUGCCAUGGCAAUGGGGAUUUAUAUUAGGUUUUGUUCUAGGUGCAGUCUCCCCUGCUGUGGUGGUUCCCUCCAUGCUGAUUUUACAAGCUGGGGGAUAUGGGGUGGAGAAGGGUGUCCCAACUUUGCUAAUGGCAGCUGGCAGCAUUGAUGACAUUCUGGCUAUCACGGGCUUCAACACUUGCCUUGGGAUGGCUUUCUCCUCUGGUUCUACUCUGUACAAUGUGCUCCGUGGAGUGCUGGAGGUUGCUGUUGGCAUAGCAGCUGGGGGAAUUCUGGGAAUGUUUAUUCGAUACUUCCCAAGCCAUGACCAGGCAUCUUUGGCAUGGAAGAGAUCAUAUUUUGUACUUGGACUGUCCAUGUUUGCUGUUUUUGGCAGCAUCCACUUUGGCUUCCCUGGAUCAGGAGGGCUCUGCACAUUAGUCUUAGCUUUUGUUGCAGGUGUGGGAUGGUCUGAUGAAAAGAGGGAAAUAGAAAAAAUUGUGGCAGUUGCAUGGAAUAUCUUUCAACCUUUUCUUUUUGGUUUAAUUGGAGCAGAAGUAUCUGUUACAUCUCUUAGGCCUGAAACUGUUGGGCUCUGUGUUGCUAUAUUAGGCAUUGCCCUAGUUGUGCGAAUCAUAGCAACGUUCCUGAUGGUGUCUUUUGCUGGGUUUGAUUUCAAGGAGAGGCUGUUUGUCUCACUGGCAUGGAUUCCCAAAGCCACUGUCCAGGCUGCAAUAGGUUCUCUUGCCCUGGAUACAGCAAGACGACAUCAAGAUGAGCAACUGGAAAAGUACGGAAUGGAUGUACUGACAGUAGCUUUCUUGGCUAUCUUGAUCACUGCUCCAGUUGGAGCCCUGGUUAUCGGCUUGGCAGGGCCCAGACUUUUGCAGAAGGCUCAGACAAAUAGCAAGGAGGAUGAGGAAGGUGCAGAGGUUGGAGAAGAGGCAGAGGCCUGAACCUUCAUAAGACAGACAACACAGUAGUCUGGUCCUUCAACCCUGACACUUUUGUUGAGUAAAAAUGGCAUGUCUCUAAUCUUGCUGGAGGAACUUGAAACUAUCAGUUACCCCUGCUAUUUUUAAAGCAGCCCUGGUGGAGUUAUAUAAAAUAUUUUUAUGUGAUGAUGGUGCCUUGAGAUGAAAUAGCUGAACAUGCAGUGAAUAAGAUGACCUUGCAGUGAGUCACUGAGAAGUUAGCAGUCAAGAGUUACUUGAAAUGUGUGGGUGGUGAGGCCAGAGAAAGGAUCAGAAUUGUUGAGGCAUGGAGUGGAGUCAUGAGGUAGAAUAUAAACAGAAAAAAAUGGAGACUAGUGUGAAUAACUCCUUGAUGGUUGAAACUGGGCUGUGAGAUGACAAGUUCCAAAACUCAAAGAAAGCAUCUUCCAAGAAAGAGAUUGCUGACAUAGUGAAUAAGUCCUGCUAUGGGUUGGUGAUUCCCUCUCCUUCCUCAUUUGUGUUCUAAAACUUGCCUUUUCCUGUUGCUGUUCUUCCUCACAGCUGAGGCACUCCUUUGUGCCUUCAAGGACUGUCAGCUCUGGUCAUAGCAAGGAACAGCAAGUGGUACUUAGAUGUUCAAAGAGAGAGUUGCGGCCAUCAUAGACUGUGGUAAUAAAGAUGUUGGUGCUGGCAGAAAAAAGGAGAGAACCUGAAAAUGAGAUGAAGGUUGUGGGAUGGCAAUAAGGACUGGGGGAGGGUUGUAUGGGAUUGGGAUGGCUGCUUCUUCACCUCAGCCUUCACACAACAUGAUGUCAAGGGAAAGAUGUAACCCCUGCUGAUCAAAACCCGGCUCUUGCCUUUUAGGUUUGGUACCACUUGGCAGAUAUCAGCAAAUCUACCUGCCUCUGCUACAUUUUAUACAAGUAACUAGCUAAGAGUAAGUUGUUGGUAACUUCAUUCUGAGGCAUGGGGUCAGUAUGGCAUCCCUCAGUAACUGGAAGUUACUUUGUUAUUUUUUGGAAAGGCUAUUAGAUUGUGCCUGUAACUGAGGCAGACAACACCCUCCUGAGAUUUCCACACUACAGUUCACCGAACUCAUUUUACAGGAUACUGUGUAGAAUAUAUUUGAUAAUGUCUAGAUUUUGGCAUUAGUAAGAACUAACGAUUUCUAUUUUAGCUUUUAAAUUUUUAAUAUGCAAAACAAAAAAUGUACAAAAAUACUUUUAACUGCUUAAAUACUUCUGUACUAUUUGCAGUCAUAUGCCAUACAGAUGAGCUGUAUACAGCUCAAUAUGCAUGCCUUUGUAUAAGCCUUACUCUCUAAGCAAAAAGAAAGCUUCCUGAGAUAUACUUAAAUUUCACGGCCUGCAGCUCCAGCACAAUGAUAAAAAUACCAGGAAAUUCUUCGGUAAGUUUUCCCUUAACAGUUGUCAAGUACAUUAUAUUUUUGUAACUAUGCACACUGCUGUUCUCCCUGCAUCCUUGGGAAUGUACCAUCUUUAGUUCAGUUUGUCUCCUAACCUGAAAGGGAGAAGCUUUCACCUGAUGGGUUUGAAGCUGGAGCAGUGGUUAAGGGUGGUGUGCUUGGUUGUUCUUGUGACAUACCUGGACUUCUGUGCCUAUUCUGCCUACUUCACAUGCACUCCUGGUGUCCCCCUGGCCCAGUAUCUUUACUGACGAUCUGGAUGAGGGAAUUGAGUCUACCCUCAGUAAAUCCACAGGUGACACCAAGCUGGGUGGCAGUGUUAAUCUGCUGGAGGGCAGGAAGUCUCUGCAGGGGAUUUGGACUGGCUGGGUCAAUGGGCUGAGACAAUGGAAUGAGGUUGAACGAGGCCAAGUGCUGAGUCCUGCCCUUGGGUGACAGCAGCUGAACAUGAGCCAGCAGUGCCCAGGGGGCCAAGAAGGCCAAGGACAUCCUGGCCUGGAUCAGCAAUGGUGUGGCCAGCAGGAGCAGGGCAGGGAUUGUCCCCUGUACUCGGCACUGGUGAGGCCACACCUCGAGAGCUGUGUCCAGUUCUGGGCCACUCACUACAAGAAAGGCAUUGCAGUGCUGGAGUGUGUCCAGAGAAGGGCAACAGAGCUGGGGAAUGGUCUGGAGCAGAAGUCCUGUGAGGAGCAACUGAGGGAGCUGGGGGUGUUUAGCCUGGAGAAGAGGCAGCUGAGGGGUCACCUGGCUGCUCUACAACUCCUGACAGGAGCAGGUAGCCAGGUGAGGGUCAGCCUCUUCUACCACACAUCCAGUGACAGGAUGAGGAUAGUCUCAAGCUUUGCCAGGCAAGGUUUAAGUUGGACAUUAGGAAGAAUUUCUUUACAGAAAGGGCUGUUAAACAGUGGAAUGGACUGCCCAGGAAGGUGGUAGAGUCAUCUUCCCUGGAGGUGUUUAAGCAAAGACUGGACAUGGCACUGAGAGCCAUGAUCUGGUUGACAGGGUGGUCAUAGGUUGGAUUCAAUAAUAUUAGAAGUCUUUUCCAAACUCAUUGAUUCUAUGAUUUUGUGAAAUACGUGUAGUUUUAAUAGAAGGCUAAGUAUUUGGAAAUUGUAAUGUUGGUUAAACUAACUGACAAGAUGAAGAAAUACAGUGUUCAGUUCAUAUGUAACUGUCUAUAAAAUAGUUCUACCCAAGUAAAACACAGGAGUGUUACAGGAGUUCACUUUUUUGUAAAGUUUUUAUAAAAGUAGAACCCUUCCAUAGGGAUCACUAUGCCAAAUUUGGAAUGUGUUCAGUAACAGAAGUGUUAUGCUGUAAGGGUUACAGGCCUUUAAAUUUGGACACAACCUUAAGUAUGAAAGCAAACCUCUGAUGAAGAGCUCUGUUUGUGAUAGCCUCUAAUACUUCCUCAUCAGCUAAACAGCAUCUCAUAAAUGGGAUUUACUUGUUCCAUUAACCUCAGUGCACUCUCAGUUAUACAUUACAUCACGUCCACAAUUCUGAGUGCUUGAAUAAGCUAUACCAAUGAAACUUGUCAUCUUUUUUGCUAAUCUAAGUGAGAUUUAAUAAAUUUUUAUUUCCUUGCCAUUUUACGUGGGUAUUUCUCAUGAGACCCCUUUUCCCCAGCUUUUAUUAAAUCUUCAAAAAGUAUAAGGUCAGAGCUAUUACAAAGACCUGCAGAUCUAAAAUUAAAUGCUUUAAUGCUUUAUAAUCUUCCCUCUCCUUUUCUUCCAGAAAGAAAGAAAACACUUGCAUCUUUUCAUUAAAUGAUCAGAACUAAGAACUUAAGAGACUGGGCUUUUUCAGUAUCAUAACAAUUUCAGCUGCUUUUAAAUAGCAACUAAUUUGAGAGAUUAGAUUUCAGUUUUCAUCAGAGUACAGGUGAAGCAUGACAUUAAAG